UACUGUAGGCUUCACUCCCUCCCUCAUGACAGGCAAAAUGGCGGCGUCCGCGAGAAGUGUGUUGAGCUUCUCGGCCCGAAAUACCGGCCGCAUUUCUGGGCAGCAUUUCGUCCUCGUGACCAAGUGCUUGUGUUCUACUACUGCCGCAGCUCGGCCUUUGAGUGCUCAGCAGCUAGCGGAGAAGCUGAGAGCCAAGAAGGAAGAACUGAAAUCGAAGGAGAGGGAGGUGCCUAAAGACCCUAUUCAGAGGAGAGUACAGGAGUUGAAACGGUACACUCAGCAGUUGCAGAAUGUCCAUCCCAAUGUGUUAUCUAAGGCACUGAAGAGAGGGAUCCUACAUCAAGACAAGAACAUUGUUGUCAUUAACAAGCCAUAUGGUCUCCCUGUGCAUGGUGGCCCAGGAGUCAAGAGCUGUAUCACUGACAUCCUGCCUGUUUUGGCCAAGAUGUUAUAUGGCAAUAAAGCAGAGCCAUUGCACCUCUGCCAUCGCUUGGACAAGGAGACAACAGGGGUGAUGGUAUUGGCUCGGGACAAGGAAAUGGCUCACCAAGUCCAAGAGUUGUUUAAAACUCGGCAGGUGGCAAAGAAGUACUGGGCCAUCUGUGUGGGGGUCCCCGUGCAUUCAGCAGGGAUGAUAGAUAUCCCUCUCAUUGAGAAGGAGGUGCAAGGCCAGCAGCAACACCAUAAGAUGACAUUGGCCCCCAGCUACCGCAUGGAGAAUGGGAAAACCAUGAAGAUCCGUCCAAAUCGGCAUGCUCAUGUUGCUGUGACCCAGUAUCAGGUGCUAAGCAGCAGUUUGUCCUGUGCCUUCUUAGAGCUACAGCCCAUCACAGGGGUGAAGCAUCAACUUCGAGUCCACCUAGCCUUUGGAUUGGGGUGUCCAGUCCUUGGGGAUCACAAAUACUCUGACUGGAACAAGUUGGCACCCCAGAAGCUAUCUUCUGGCAUCCUGAAGAAACUGAGUUUGGAAAAGGCAAAGACCCGUCACCUUCCUCUCCACCUGCAUGCCCAGCAGUUGAUCCUACCUCCUCUAGGGUCUGAGAGGCAGGAACUUAACUUGGUUUGCAAGCUGCCCCACUUCUUUGUGCAUUCCUUAUCACGUCUAGGACUGAAAUUCCCAGAGAAAGACUGAGAUUAAAAUAAGGUACUACAGAGAUUCCAGUAUAGAAAAACUGGGCCAUUUUUCAUUGGCCUCAUUGGCUUUGUUCCCUUGGAGUCAGUAUUCUGCGAAGCAAGAAGGCUCAAGAAAUGACUCCGGAGGAAGAAGUCUUCCUCAUUCUCUAGGUACUUUGACUUUGAAGUUGGAGAGCUUGCUAGGUUGGCUCUCUGUGGAAUUAGAAUUCAGUAUCUGAAUGUACAAGAGACAUUAGAUAUGGUUUGAAGAAUCUCAGUUAUUUCAGAUUCUCUUAUGUAAAACAAAGCUAAGGUCAGCAUAAUGUGGAGAUGCUUUUUUUGAGGGUCUGCAUUACCCUCUCACUUUAUUGGAAUGGAAGAACCCAGCCAAGCUCUGCAGACAAAUCUAAGUGGGGAGCAUUAUAUGCAGGUAAUCCCCACAGACAGAAACAAGAAUCAAUCUCUAUAAUAAAAUUCUUAUUUAAACUA